AGUAAGAAUGGUAAAAAUUUAAUUUAGAGGCAUACAACCGCGAGACUAUUUAAUAAUUCAUUCAGAGCUACCAGAAACACUUCGCAAUUUCCUCUCUAGAAAUCAGUUCACUAUUACUCAGCAGAAAACGCCCUCAAUAAUACCAUUGGAAGUAAAUAGUAUUUUGAAAUCAGUAGAGUUCAAAAUACGAGAAAAACGCAAACAUAUUUCUUUGCUACUUUCAAUACGUCGAAAAAGUUCGUUUUAUCUAAUUUAGAGGAAACACAGAAAAAUGUUUUGGAACAAUUCGAAAACUGAAUCCACCGAUACCUCGAAGACCAUUAAUGGUCUAACAAUGACCAUGACUAUGGCUCUUUUUGACGUGAAAGAGGCGUCACUAUGGUCGAUCAUGGUCGCGGCUCUGCCUCUCAUCCUGCUGACGUGGCUUAUUCUUGUCCUACUGAAGAAAGUGUCGAAAAAGAACUUCUCAGUUCAGGGUUCAAACAUCGUGAUCACUGGAGCUUCCCGAGGAAUUGGGCGCCAAAUUGCGUUGCAGUAUUCGGCUGCGAAUGCUCGGCUUGUAAUCUCCGCAACUAACAAGCGACUCCUCGAGAGCGUCGCCGAGGAGUGCCGAAACGCAGGAGCGGCCGACGUCUUUGUUUUUUCGCAGCGACUCGGAGGUCGGGACUCGGCAGCUGCUCUGCGGAACUUCUCCCAAGAAAAGUUGGGAAGAGUUGACACUUUAAUUUUGAAUCACGUGCUACUCCCGUCACUCAAUGGAAACUCGCAUUGGAAAGAAGAAAAGGACUUCGAUGACCUAGAAUCGAAAACUCUUGUGAACUACAUGAGCUACGUCUAUAUAGCAUCGUCGUUCCGGAACCUUCUAGAAGCUUCGUGUGGAAAAAUCUGCAUUGUCAGUUCCAUAGCAGCACUUGUGCCCAUGUUCAAAAGCAAUACCUACGCAGCAACGAAGGCAGCUCUUAACGCUUUUUUUCUGUCCUAUCGCGAGGAACUUCUGGAACGGAGAUCCAACAUUACAAUUUCUCAGGUUUUCUUAGGUCUCGUAACAACUGAAUCCAUCACAAAUGCCAUCGGAAAAUUCAUGAGCAAUGUCACUUCAAUCACCAACAACGUCGUGUUCAGACAGUUCGUCCUGCCGCCAAAAGUAGCCGCUCGCCGAGUGAUUGAGGCGGUCGAGACCCGAACCGAAACGACCUACUGUCCAAAAAAGACCAUCUUCACACUGAGGUUGUUGUACUUCCUCUUUUCAGACUACUUUCUCAAGUUCUUCCGAGUCAUCCACCAGGAGUCGGAGAAACAAAUCUCGGCUGAUUCUGACUAGAGACAGAUUGAACAGACCCGUUUUCAUAUCACUAAAUGACAACGUUUGAACUGUUUCGCUGCUUCAGCUUCUACAAAACUAUCAAUUGAAAUAAUAUUGAAACCCAGUGCAGUACCGUAGUGAAAAUAACAUAAUCAUUUAAACUAUAUGAUAUACAAGUUGAAAUCCAUUAGAACUUAGUCAUAUUUUAGAUAUUCAAACCUUUCCCAAAUUAGUUGAGAAAAUAUUUAAUCACUGUGCUAAA